AUGAAUGUUACAAAUGUGAAUGAGUAUGAAGCAAUUGCAAAGGAAAAAUUGUCCAAGCAGUUUUAUGACUACUUUGCAACAGGAGCAGAAGAUCAGUGGACUUUGAAAGAGAACCGGAAUGCAUUCUCAAGGAUUCUGUUCAGACCACGAAUUCUUAUCGAUGUAAGCAAGAUAGACUUGAGAACAACAGUAUUAGGCCUCAAUAUAUCAAUGCCUAUCAUGAUUUCUCCUACAGCCGCGCAAAAGAUGGCUCACCCUGAAGGAGAAUACGCUACUGCUAGAGCAGCAUCGGCAGCUGGCACAAUCAUGACACUAUCCUCAUGGGCUACUUCAAGUGUUGAGGAGGUGGCUUCAACCGGACCUGGCAUUCGUUUCCUCCAAAUCUAUCUGUUGAAAGACAGAAGUAUGGUUACUCAACUUAUUAGAAGAGCUGAAAAUGCUGGUUUCAAGGCAAUUGUCCUCACAGCAGAUUCUCCAGUUCUUGGUCGUAAGGAGGCUAUAUUAAAAAGCAGAUUUACAUUGCCAUCAUACAUGAGAAUGAAGAAUUUUGAAGACAUGGAUCUUGAAAAGUUGGCUAAGCACUCUGGUGACAAUUCUGCUGUUAACGGCCAAUGUGACCAAUCACUCACCUGGAAGGAUGUAAAAUGGCUUCAAACAAUCACCUCAUUGCCAAUCAUAGUGAAAGGCGUACUUACUGCUGAAGAUACUAGGUUAGCUAUGCAAGCUGGAGUUGCUGGAAUCAUCGUUUCCAAUCACGGUGGUCGCCAACUUGACUUUGUCCCGGCAACUAUUAUGGCUUUGGAAGAGGUUGUCCAAGCUGCAGAAGGAAGAGUCCCCGUUUUUAUGGAUGGUGGAGUCCGUCGAGGGACAGAUGUCUUUAAGGCAUUGGCUCUUGGAGCAUCUGGUGUAUUUAUUGGAAGACCUGUGGUGUUCUCAUUGGCUGCUGAUGGUGAAGCUGGUGUAAGAAAUGUACUUAAAAUGCUUCACAAUGAGCUUGAAAUAAACAUGGCACUAUGUGGUUGCCGUUCACUUAAAGACAUAACUCGUGACCAUGUUGUCACAGAGUGGGAUCGCCCAAGAAUUUCUCCAAGGUUGUGAGAUCUAUAAUUUAUAUUGGUGGAGCAUGAGUAGGGGUACUCAUCAAGAAACUGAUAUAUUAUAUAAAUUUAAUUCUAUUCUAAUAUGUUAGACCAAUCAUUUAUAAAAAAUAUCGUAGGAGACCAAUGUAAGUGCGUCGGUUUCCUGAUUAUUGAAAUAGGACUGUUAUAGAUUAUGUUUUAAUUAGGACAGUUCUGGUUAUGUGUGACAGUUAUGCAUGGAAUGCGGGAAUGGAUCCAUGUAACAUAUUGCCGUAUUUUUGUUCUUUCGAUUUUGUAUUGGCAUGGAUUGAUUAAAUAAAUAAACUCCUCUGUUGUUCCCUUAAAUAAAUAGCUUGUUUUUGAGACAGCUUUUGAGAUGUUACCUGCCAAGGAUACAAAAGCAGUAAUAGAGGCAAUGGAACUUUUCC